AGAGAUUCGAUUUCGUGUUUUCUUUUAGGAUUUACAGCAGUAAUCGGGUUUAGAAUACUACGUCGCUAUGUGGGACUUGCUUAUUGAGAGGUGGAAAGUGUCCCAGCGCUGCGAUGGAAGUGCUGAAUUCAGAACAUUGUGCGAGCAGAUGUUGAACGACCCGAAUUGGAUUGAGAGUCCGUAUAGAAACGGGGUCGAGGAGCGGAUGAAGACCCGACUGGCGAGUGAAGAAGCUCUUCCUGCCGAGCGUCGUCUCAUCAGCUCGUUUCUCCGUGCCUCGGACCGUCAUUGGCAAAGCCUGGACCUUCUCAAGCUCUACGCCGGAAUCCCGUCUAGAAGUCUGCUGGACGAAGGCCCGAUCUUGUUCUUUCGACUCGAAAUCCUGCUGAAGGCCUGUGCUUCUCUACCCGCCUUGCGACUCUCUCAGUAUCUCACGGCGAUCAUUCGGGAAGAUACUGAAGCCGCCUCUGUCCAGUUCCGAGAGUAUGUUGGUGAUGAACUUUGCAAGGGACUCACGGUGCAAUUCCUCUGGUCCUUGUGGCUGAAUGGGAAGAAAGAAGCUGUGCUGUGCUUCGUUGAAGAUUGUUCAGCGGAGCAGAGGAGACUGGUGAUGAACGGGAUCAUGAACUGCAAUCGGGACUUCAGGAAUUUCUUGAUCAAUGCGUUCGUUGCUGCAUUUUUGGCGAGGUCUUCGGAGGAGUGUAUUGCGGAAGAUGGAAGAGAAGUUCUUGGGUUAUGGCUGGAAAGUGGAGAGAAAUUCGAAAAGUUACUGAAAUGGCCAGUGGGACCGCGAAUGUUGGUGUUCUUCGCGCAGACUGCCCUGUUGCUGUCCAAUGGUGGUCAAGAAGGGUUGCAGUCUUGUCUGAAAGUUGGUCAUGUGAUCCACGGGAUGAUCUGCCACCCAGGAAACCCUCACGUGGCUGAAUGGAAGGAUAGUCUGGCACGUCUCCUUGAGAUGAUGGCCGAUUUUGCUUUUCUUUGCACUCCGCGGGUUUCCAGGGAAUACCUCUUGUCUGCUUUCGCCGUGUCUCCGUCACAGGAAAGGCUCUCGAGGAUCAAGAGGAUUAUUGACGAGGUGUCCCGUGAGCUAGCGCAGGAAAAACGGGAAGUGGACGAGAGCGAGUUGAUUCCUGUGAGGAAAGCUGAUGCGAGAUGGCCGCCGAUGAGACCUGCAGAAACGGAUGCUUCUAGCGGUGGUUCCUCUGAAAAAUGGAACCUCCUGUCGGACGCGGAUUACCUGGCCCUUCGACUCCAGUCGUCGUACCAAGUCGAGGAUGCCACGACGGAGACGAGCCUGGGGAAAGUGGACGUGUCCCGGUACGGGCGCAAGUGCCACCAGUCGGAUCCGCACUACUUGUCGACGGGCUUCGGGUCCUACGUGCUGACGUCUGGGCAAGCGGACCUGCGGAACCUGUUGCCCUCGCAAGUGGCCCCGUCCAACCACGCGUUCGGAGACCUGAUCCGUGGCGGCGCGUCGACGGCGCUGGCCCGGGGCCUCGUGUCCCUGGCCGACGGCUGCCGGUCGUCGGAACUCAGCCUCUGCGCCGUGCCGACCCUGCUGGCGACCAAGUGCGAGCGCCGGCUGACGAGCCCCGUGCAUUCCAGUGGCCAGGUGCCCGCGGAAGAGCCCUGCGUGGAAUACGAAGCCCCCGACGUGGAGAUGUACUGGGACGAGGUGUUUGCCGAGAGCAAGAUCUGGGACGACGGGAUCGAGAUCCUGCCGGGCGACAUUGACGAGUUCGGCAACAUCCGGCGGCGGAAGGGCAAGAAGAAGCCCGUGGCCCCGCCUGCGCCGCCGGCGGAGGUGGAGGUGGACCGCAGUGACCCCUGGCGCCAGCUGGUGAGGCUCCGGUGCACCAAGGUCGUGUACGAGCGACGCGACAUCAUUUUAAACCUGGACGCGAACAAGCGGUGCGCCGACGUUUUCGACGAUGAAGACGUCCCGAAGCGGCCGAGGCGGGGAUCUGAACGGAAAAAGUAGUGGAACAACACUGCGUCGUGAUCUCUUUUCAUUUCAUUAUUCAGUCCCUUGUAUUUUCCGCGCAAGGGCACAAUUCUCCUCUUCUUGGAGUCCGAGUGUACUGUACUCCACUCUACUCUACUGUGCAGCAGUGCGUCUCUCAUCUGUUAUUCGCGGAGCUCUCCGAGGGUGGGUUGGUGUGUAUAAAUUUGAUUGAUUGACAGUGUAAGAAGCAUGAAAUGAAAAGAGUCCAAUUCCAGAAAGAAAGACCAUACAGUACUGUACUUGGCUGCAAUUCAAGCAGAAAAACUGCCAGUUUGAAUGAUGCCGUAGCAGCUGCUGUUUGUCAGACUGUAGUUGGUCUGUUCCCAGCAGAUAAUUUUUCAGUUUUUCAUGC